AUGGAGAGGUUAGAACAAAAUCGCAUAGAAACACUGAAAUCGCAACAAAUACACUUGAAAUACUACCGCCGUUACGUAGAUGAUUGCUUUUGCAUUGCUAACACUAACCACGUUGCUGAGAUCUUACGCACUUUCAAUGAAUACAAUGACAAACUACGCUUUACUAUUGAAAACGAGCUGGAAAACAAACUAAAGUUGCUAGACAUGAUGAUCAUAAGAACAAACAAACAUUUAGAAAUGUCCUGGAUGCCGAAAUAUGUCGACGGGAGAUACUUAGACUUCUCGUCCGAAUCACCCUUUUCACAUAAAGCAAACACGGCGAUCGCACUAAUAGAUAGUGCGAUUAAACUGUCCGACGGGAACAACCGUCCUCAGGCAAUACGCACAGCUAAAAGUAUGUUGGAAUCAAAUAAUUACCCAGGAUGGUUCAUCAACCGGCUUACCAAGCAACGAACCCACAAACAUUAUAACAGCUUGAGCACUGUCGAAAAGCCUCAGAUCAAAUAUGCAUCCAGCACUUACAUACCGGGACUCAGUGAAAAACUUGGCAAAAUAUUACGCAAGCAUGACAUCCAGCUUGCCUACAAACCUAAAAACAAAGUUAAACAGAACGUGUAUAGCAAGCUGAAGGAUCCUAUCGCACCAGGGAAGCAGACAAACGUCAUAUACUCCAUCCCGUGUGGUACUGACGACGGCAAAGUAUACAUCGGGCAGACAGGGAGGAAGUUGGAGGUGAGGGUAGCGGAACACAAGAACGACACUAAGAAGAAGGAUGCUAGAACUGGACUAGCACAACACACUAUCCAUGAUGGCCACCUCUUCAAAUUUGACGACACCCGAAUAGUUGCAAGAAUCGACGACCAGGAGACCAGACUCACAGCAGAGGUAUUUCACAUUAAAGUGCUCGGUGAAGAUAGAACGGUCAACCUGCAGCGUGAGUGUGGAAAUUUCAACACAGCAUACGACGGGUUAAUACCAAAACUCCGUCGUAUACAAACGAAAAACAACCCAACCCACGGAGGAUCAACACAACACAGAACCGAUGAUACCACGGAAUAG